AUGAGAAGAGCUCUGCUACUCUGAGAGAGAGAAAGAGGGGAGGUGGCGGUGGUAGGUGGGUGGAGGUGGAAUUGGGGGGAGUGUGGGGCUCAUUGUCGUCAGCUACUGUCGUCACUGUGACUCAGAGACUCAGCAAGGGUAGCAAGUCCUCCUCCUCCCCUUCCUCCUCCUCUUCCUCCCUCUUCCUGCAUCCCUACCUUCUCUCUUCCAGCCUCCUCACCAUCAGUCAGCUGUUCUCUCUGCGUGUCUGAAGAUCAUCAUCCUCGCAGCCUCUCUCACUCUUUCUCUAUCUCUCCCCUCUCAGUUCCUCACACACCUCCUCUUAGUGGCCGCUGAGCUCAGUCGGCACGACCAGCAGCUCUGAGCAAGGAGAGGAGAAAGAUACACACGAUUAUCACCCUGACAGGAGCAACAUGCGGAUGGUGGUGUGCAGUGUUCCGGCAGGUUCCUGCCAUUUCACAUCCUCACUGCUUCUGCUGGUUCUGAGCAGCAUCAGCAGUAGGAGCAUCAGCAUCGGCAGCUCUGAGGCUGUCCUCUCACCCUUCCAGCUGCCUCCUGACACCCCUGCUCCAGCUGAACCUACACCAACCCAGUACACACCUCGCCCAAACCCCUGCGAAGGCAGACCCUGCCUCAACAGGGGGCUGUGCCUGGUGGUCCCCUCAGCUGACCAGUCGGAAGACACCUGGGACUACACCUGUACCUGCAACCAGGGCUUCACAGGACGCAACUGUGAGUUUUUCACAGACCUGUGUAGCAGCAGUCCCUGUCUCCAUGGAAACUGCAGCCAAAGCGUCAGCAGGGAGAAUGGAAAACCAGCGUACACGUGUGAGUGUACGGAAGGAUAUGAGGGUGAGAGGUGCGAUCAGAUCCUAUUAGACCUUUCAGCUGCGGACUGGGACCUCGUCACCCCGUCCGUGCCUGAACCAGCCACUCCUGCAGCCUCCACCAUGGUGGCUGCCCCUUCACAACCAACCACCAUUACCAGCUCCAGCACAACACCACCUCUUCCUACCUUGCAACCAUGGCAACCAAAUCCUGGACAGAGGCUGCUGGUGGUGCCAUGGGAGGCAGACAGAGUGACACAGGGUCUGCAGUGUGUUAGUCCAGGGCUGUGUGAGCUCACGUCCGGAACUCUGACUCUGUCUCUGGAGGUACCUGAAGAAACUGCUUUAAAAUUGGUGGUGAAUACCAGUGGCGCUUCUGUGCUUUGGCGCGUGAAUGAAGAGGGCUUCACUCGUUCGUCUAAUUUGAACGGCUCCACAGCUUGGUUUCUGCGGGCUUCUGAUGGGCUGGUGGUGUCAGACCGCCUGCUGCCUCUAGGACAGAACUAUUUUCUAAGUGUGUUGCGAGUUGCCGCCCACACUUCACCAGAGGUCAUUUUGCGCCUGAACCUGACUGUAAAGGCCAGCAGUUGCGUGGAGCCCGGCAGCAGCUUCAGUGACCCUCAGUGCUCUGGAAAAGGCAAAUGUUUAACUCAGCCGUCGGAGAGCACUUUCUUCUGUGAUUGCGAUGAUAGCUACACUGGAAUCUUCUGUGAGGAAUAUGAUGCCUGUCUCCAUCCACCUUGUCUCAACAACGGCAGCUGUGCUGAUGUAAAGCAGGGAAGCCAAGGACGCAGCUACACAUGUAGCUGCCCUCCAGGUUAUGAAGGUGAACGCUGCCAGCUGCUUGUCAACCAUUGUCUCUCUCAUCCCUGCAAAAAUGGAGCCACUUGUACUAGUAGCCUGGCGGGGCCUCGGUGUUACUGUGCUGAAGGCUACCAGGGUGCUACAUGUGAACAGAAAGUCGACCCGUGCGCCUCCAGCCCCUGUCAUAAUAAUGGAACCUGCUAUGCUCAAGGUCCCAGCCCCCUAGGUUUUGGUUGUGCCUGUACAGCGGGCUUCACAGGCCCCAACUGUGCCCAACUGGUGAACUUCUGUGCCCUGAACCCCUGCGCCCAUGGAAUUUGCCGCAGCAUCGGCAACAGUUACAGGUGUCUGUGUGUCCCAGGUUACCAUGGCUUGUACUGUGAGGAGGAGUACAAUGAGUGUGUGUCUGCUCCCUGUCAGAACUACGCCACCUGCAGAGAUCUUAUCAAUUCAUAUGAGUGUGUCUGCACAACACAGUUUGAAGGGAUACACUGUGAAAUCUACAAGGAUCCGUGUCUAAAGUUACAUUGCCAGAAUGGAGGCAGGUGUGAGAGCACUGGACUCAAUGCUUCCUGUGCCUGUGAACCUGGGUACCUGGGUGAAAAGUGCGAAGCCCACAUCAAUGAGUGUGAGAGCAACCCUUGCCACCAUGGUGGGACUUGUGUCGACCAGCUCAAUGGUUUUAUCUGUCACUGUCAUCCUGAAUGGGUGGGGCCCAGCUGUGAGAUCCACCUGCAGUGGAAGCCAGCACAGAAUGAGGAUACACUGACCAACAUGCCACGCCAUUCUCUCUACAUCAUCAUCGGAGCCCUUUGUGUGGCUUUUGUCUUGAUGCUUAUCAUCCUAAUUGUUGGCAUUUGCCGCAUUAGCCGCAUUGAGUACCAGGGCUCAUCACGCCAUGCUUACCAGGAAUUUUACAACUGCCGCAGCAUCGACAGCGAACUCAGUAAUGCCAUCGCCUCCAUCCGUCAUGCCCGAUUUGGCAAGAAGUCCAGACCUGCCAUGUAUGAUGCCACUCCCAUUGCCUAUGAAGACUACAGUCCUGAUGAUAAACCCCUAGUGACCCUGAUUAAGACAAAGGAUUUGUAAAAAAAAAA